AUGGGGGACGGAGGGGACUGCGAGAUGAGGGGGGUCGGCAUGCAUGGCAGGGCGGGUGGUACCGCGGAACCAGGGGAACCGGGCGGAGCCGCGCAGGAGGCGGGGGGGAUGCGGGAGCGGGGGGACGCGCGGGACACGCGGGAUGCUCGGGAGGUGCCGUUGGAGGCGCGGGUGGAAGAGUGUCCAGCCACGGACGAGUUGCGCGCGUCGUUCCGCUCGGCCAUUAAUCGAAUCCUUGCGCAGUCGCACGGCAUCUACGACGUGGCGCUGCGGUCGUCGCCGUCGCAGUCACACGCGGAAGCGCAGCGAGGGGAGGAGAUGGGCGCGCUGCUGCACCAGAUUAUUGACAAGUGGGUGCAGUACUCACAGGAGGAGUUUGAGGAGAUAUUGGAAGAGCAGCAGAUCAACGCUGCGUUCUCCCGUGCGGACCGCUUGCAACAGAAGCUGCAACUGAACCGCCUGCCAACAACCCUACAAAGGGAGGCAGCAGGGGUGCCGGGGGUUGGUGGGACUGUGAGGGAGGUGGCGGCGGUGCGUGUGGAGAGCAGCAGGCAGCAGGUGCAGGCAGUGAAGCAGGCCAUUCAACUGGUGGAGCAGGAGUUGCAGUCGCUAGGAGGCACCACACACGACUCUCAGCCUGGAGGUGCUGCCAAUGCCAACCAAUGA